AUGACUAGUGCUUUGUUCACCGAGUGGGUCAAGGACUUGAAUUCUAAAAUGAAAAGAGCAGAUCGUAAUGUGCUUCUCCUACUGGAUAAUGCUCCGUCUCACCCAGUUGACUUGAACUUAUCAAAUGUUAAAUUGUUGUUUCUACCAGCUAACACCACCGCGAAGUUACAGCCUCUGGACCAAGGGAUUAUUCAGAACAUGAAACAGUUCUACAGAAAACGUUUGUUGAGAUCAGUGAUCGCGAAAAUCGAUAACGAGAGUGUUGUAAGUGCUGAAUCCGUGUCUAAGAGUUUGAACGUGAUGGACGCUGUGCAGUGGGUAAAUUCUUCUAUAAAGGACGUUAAGGCCGACACAGUGACGAAGUGCUUUAGGAAGGCGGGGUUCAAAGAAUCCUUGUUCGCGAGUGACAGUGUUGUGGUUGAUGAUGAUGAUGAUGAUGAUGAGGAUGAUAAUGUGCCGAUACAAGAACUCGUGGAACUGAUGCGUGUAGCUAACAAAAAGAUCUCUUUAGGUGAUACAAUGGCAUUGAAGGAAUAUCUUGAUGUGGACAGUGACAUCCCCAAUGGUUAG